GUUGGUUGGUUGUUGACAUUUCCAUUCAUUUAAAAAGCGGAAUUUGCUAAUUGCAAAAUGUUUAAGCGACAGAAAUUCGAUGCUGACGAGCAGAUUGACGAUGGACGAACGGUGCAGGCACGACUCGUCUCAGACACUGGCGAGGAAGCUGGGCCACCAAUUGAUUUACCAGUGUCGGUAACCGUAGAACAACUUGGUCUCAUCUGUAAUGCUUUAUUGAAAAACGAGGAACCCACUCCGUAUCUAUUCUUCGUGGACGACGAAGAAAUCAAGAAAACUCUCAACAAUACCCUCGAUUUAAAUACAGUAGAUACCGAAAAUGUGAUACAAAUUGUUUAUCAGCCACAGGCAGUAUUCAAAGUACGUCCCGUCACACGUUGUACAAGCUCUAUGCCUGGUCAUGCGGAAGCUGUAAUUUCCAUUAGCUUUAGUCCGGAUGGGGAAAAUUUAGCUAGUGGUUCGGGUGACACAACAGUUCGUUUAUGGGACUUGACGACCGAAACCCCACAUUACACAUGCACUGGACAUAAACAAUGGGUGAUGUGUGUUGCGUGGUCGCCUGACGGCAAGAAAUUGGCGAGUGCUUGUAAAGCUGGUAAUAUUAUUAUAUGGGAUCCUUCUAAUGGUAAGCAAGUUGGACGCACGUUAACCGGUCAUAACAAAUGGAUAAACUGUUUGAGCUGGGAACCUUAUCAUCAGAACCCAGAUUGUCGCCGACUAGCCAGCGCCGGUACCGAUGGAGAUUGCCGUAUAUGGGAUACCGUGUUAGGACAAUGUGUACUCAAUAUAGCUGGCCAUUCGAGUUCGGUAACUGCUGUGCGCUGGGGAGGCUCUGGACUUAUUUACACUUCAUCGAAAGAUCGCACCGUAAAGAUGUGGCGGGCUGACGACGGUGUGCUUUGUCGCACAUUUUCUGGGCAUGCCCACUGGGUGAACAACAUAGCCCUUAAUACGGAUUACGUGUUGCGAACAGGGCCUUUCCAUCCGGUAACUGAUCGUAAGAAGAAAUAUUCCGAAGUUUCAAAAGACGAAUUAAAAGAAAUGGCCUUACAAAGGUAUAAAAAAGUAUGUCCGGAUGGUGUGGAAUCCUUGGUUUCAUGUUCAGAUGAUUUUACACUGUACCUGUGGCACUCUAACCAAAAUAAAUGCAUACAACGCAUGACGGGACAUCAAAAUGUUGUGAAUGAUGUGAAGUACUCGCCUGAUGUUAAACUCAUUGCAUCGGCAUCUUUCGACAAAUCUGUACGUUUAUGGCGCGCACAAGAUGGUCAAUUUAUAGCGACGUUCCGAGGACAUGUUCAAGCUGCUUAUACGUUAGCUUGGUCUGCAGAUUCGCGUUUGCUAGUUAGUGGUAGCAAAGAUUCUACGCUAAAAGUCUGGAGUGUCCAAACAAAAAAAUUAGCGCAGGAGUUGCCCGGUCAUGCAGAUGAAGUUUACGCUGUAGAUUGGGCACCAGAUGGAACAAGGGUGGCAUCUGGGGGCAAGGACAAAGUGCUUAAAUUGUGGGCUUACUAGAAACGAGUAGAGGGGAAUAUACUAUGUUGCCUUUUUAAACCAAUCAGUGGAAGAGAAGAACGCGCAUCAAAUUUGUAAAAAUUCCCUCUAAAACAGUGUCGAUG